GAUAGUGUCGUGUGCACGUGCGUUUUGUGUUUUGGGCGUUUUUUUCAUGUCUUACUUUUCUCUUGCAUUACGAGUCUAUCGGGUCGGUCUAGUCGUCCACCGGUGGUCACAGACCAGUUGCAGUCAGAUCUCCGUGUGAAGUGGUUAAAACUCGGAACAAGUUCCUUUCAUCCAAGAGUGUUUGAAAUUUGGAAGUGUAUUUCCAAUUAACGUACCGUAGUGACUUACGAUUGGUUUUUUUCUUUGUGAGAACAGCUGUGCUACCGUAAUCAGUGGAAAUGGCCGCUACGUGCUUCGGUUGCAAGGAAGAAAUUAAGGAUAAGAUGCUGGAGGCACUGGACAAGAGCUGGCAUCCGGAGCAUUUUGCGUGCAAGGAGUGCAAGAAGCGCAUUGCCGAAAAUAAAUUCCACGAAAGCGAAGGACUACCGGUGUGCUCCAAGUGCUUCGAAUCAAAGAUACAGGCGAUCUGUGCCGCAUGCCGCAAACUAGUGACUGAGAAAGUGGUAAAGGCCAUGGGCAAAACAUGGCACCUGGAGCACUUUAUAUGUGGUGGACCUUGCAAACAACAACUCUCAGGCAAGACUUUCUUCGAGCGCAAUGGCAAACCCUACUGCACCGCCGACUAUGAACGACUGUACGCACCAAAGUGUGGCGGCUGCAAGAAACCAAUCGCCGAGAAAGCCCUGUCCGCACUGGAAAGCAAAUGGCACAAGGAAUGCUUCAAGUGCAAGCUCUGCAAGGAACCGAUCGGUGUGGAUGCCAAAUUCCGGGCCGACAAGGAAAAACAGCCAAUCUGUGAGAAGUGUGGCGUGUAAAACCGCACACUCAACGCCGUGUAUUUUUUGUUGUUGUUCUACUUCCUCCCCAGCAGAAGCAAGUUGACCGGUUUGUCUUGCUUGAGGUUUCGAUGUUAAAUAUAUCGUAUCGACGCGUUCUGUUUAGCGCUUAGUUAUCCGUAAACCGGUGGCACCGGUAUCCACUGGAUGUCAUUGAGUAUUUAGAGGAUGGACCGGUUGACAAAGCCUAUAAGCAGCAUCGUUAAGUAUUAUGUGUGGUUCUGUGUGUUUGCGUUUUGUUUUUCGUUCCUGUACAUACUAAAGUUUCCUUCAUAUCACAUGACUCACCAUAGAAUUCACACACCCGACUACUUUACCAAGUUUAUAUGGGUAUACGUUUGAAAACCAAUUCAUAUCACACACGCACACACGUCUUGCUAUUAAAUAAAUAGAUAAUUUAUUGUUGCAUCUUGCAGACAGAA